AUGACACUCGCGGAGACAGACACGGAGCACCCGUUCAACCUCAUCCCUGAGCUGUGCCGCCUCUUCUACCAGCUCGGCUGGGCAACCGGCACCGGCGGCGGCAUCUCUAUCCGCCACGGCGACAACUACUACGUGGCGCCGAGCGGCGUGCAGAAGGAGCGCCUCAAGCCGGAGGAUAUAUUUGUGCUCGACGCAGCAGCGCAGGUGGUGGCGCCGCCGCGCAACACAAAGGUGGUGAAGAUGAGCGAAUGCACACCGCUCUUCUUUAAUGCAUUUACGAUGCGAAACGCGGGGGCGUGCCUCCACUCUCACUCCCAGAACGCGGUGCUCGUCACGCUGCUGUGUGAGAAGGAGUUCCGCAUCUCCCACAUCGAAAUGGUAAAGGGCAUUGUGAACCCUGUCACGAAGAAGGCGCUGAACUUCCGUGACACGCUCGUUGUGCCCAUUAUCGAGAACACGGAGUUUGAGUCCGACCUCACCGCGUCCAUGGCGGAGUGCAUGCGGGCCUACCCAGAGACAAACGCCGUCUUGGUGAGGCGGCACGGCAUCUACGUGUGGGGCGACACAUGGCAGCGCGCAAAGGGCAUGAUGGAAUGCUUCGACUUCCUCUUCGGCCUCGCGCUGCGCAUGAUGGAGCGCGGCAUCCCCCUCGUAAAGGACGCCUGA